AUGCUUCACCACCACCACCUUUUUGUUUUUCACCAACUCAGGGACGUCGUGGGGUUUGUCACUUUGUGGAGCCUAAGUGAUCUGGAAGUCCAAAUUUUUGCGCUCAAAGAUUCCCAAACCACCCAAUUGCAGCCCACUACUUUUGGAAAAGACACCGUUCCUUCGACACCAUCCCUCCCCAGAUGCCCAUUAUCCGAAGCACCGACUACUUUUGACACACCCAUCGUUCGCACCAAUUGGCCUUCCCCCCAACCAACACCUCAACCAAAGCAGGCUCGAACUACAGCAACACGUUGCAUUGCGGCGCCAACAACACGUACAUCAACUCCUCGCCCUCCUCUCCCUUCUCAACCUCUUGCUCCAGUCGAGGCCAACACCACUGAAACCUCGCCUGCCCAGCACGAGAUUAUGGGUUUUUUGCCAGUAAAUUCAACUCGAAAGCCUGCCGGCACUGGUCGCACUAAGAAGUCUGCGGACAAGGUGGACCCCCAUGGUCUCGGUGCUGGGAUGACUGAUUUUGGGAUGGAGUGGGAGGCUUUUCUGGAGGUUAUUGCUGACAUUCUCGAGAAAGAACCGGCUUUUCUUUUCGUCGACAGCGUGGAGUGGCACUGGGUCAAGCCCGCUAACUCUGUUCUUGUCCUUGUAUUCCUGUUUAGCCUACAUUACAAUGAUAAAGAAGUUCAAGGCUCUCCCAAAAAAAUAGCACCCUUGAAGCUUGAUUUUGUACUUUGCAUAAAUGUAUAUCCUGCCCUCAAAGAUGAGGAGAUGAUCAAGCGCUGCUCCUCGUCGGCCAACAGCCUUGAGGCCAGCGUACGAGAGUGUCUUGAUGAGCCGCGUAUACUGCUGCUCGGCCUUGCGCACAUCCUGACGUGUGUGGCGUUUACAGAGGUUUCCUGGGCGCGACACCCUGCAGGCGAUGGAAUUGAUGUCAGGCGCAUAGGUGGUUGGCAUGGCGCCAGGCCAGUCGACGAGUUCGAUGAACGUGGCCCAGAACCACGGAAGGUCGUCACUGUCAUUGCCUUGAAGCUUGACGCAUCAAGACUUGUCCGUUUGGAGUUUGGCCCGACAUCUAGCCGUGAAGACCUCUCCAGACUUUGGAACCGGCUAUUGUCCCCCUCCGAUAAGUACAUGGUACUUAAGCAUGUAAUUAAAUGCCCGCUGCCAUUGCCAAUCAAACUCUUCCGCUCACCACCUAGCACCGUUGAAGAUAGCUCUCCAAAUGGCCGCAACCGCAGCUGGAUCCGACGGAAGAUCCGCGUCUUCAUCUGGGCAAGGCUCAUCAGAUGGGCGUGGAGUGACAGUUCAAUUGCAACAAACAACCCAAUCUACGCAAACACCCUAUUCAUCAGUCGCACUCUUUUGAAACUUGUCGCUCCCCCAUGUGCCGCUUUGUCCAUCAAAAAGCAUCUCUGCAAAAUCGAGGGAUUUUCAGGAGCUACGAAUUCCACAUUUUUCGAAUCGAUUUCAAGUCAGACCGCUGUUACGGAUUCCUUUCGAAUGGUGCUCAAGGAGCCUUUUGGACCGGGGAUAUCUGAGGAUGACCCCAUGGUUUUAGUAAUUGAAGCGGAAGAUGCUGAAAAGCGGUCAGCGAGCACGGCGCAAUCAAUGGGUCUCCCUGAAGCUGUGACGCCUGAGCCUCGUUAUGUUUACUACCGGCUAUAUGAGGAAGAAGGAGCAAUGACUUCCAAAACAUCCUUUGACUCGGACGACUCUUCCUUGGGUCGGGUUGACACGCUCUCUAUCGCGCCACCUCAAACGGUGUCCUCCCUGAGGUCGCAGAUUGUAAAAGCUGAAGGCAUCACUGGUCGCAAGAUUCAACUGUUUGGGGAUAUGGACGGUGAGGUGCCGAUGAAUGAUAAUGACCACAUAUCUUUCCAAGCACAGGUCUUUCCGGGACACAUUGAAGAUGAGCCUAUAACUCUUGUUUGUAGCCAGGAGAAGGCCGAGAGAAAGCAGAAGAACGUUCGGGGUCAGGCAGUGCGUGACCCAACUUUCAACAAACCGCUCAAGGGCCCGGUGGCAUGGAAUCCAGAUCCAAGGGUUCAAUCAGACUGGCUCCCCUUCGAGGCAAACGAAAUUAUGUAUACAGACGGGGUCAAGACGACAGGUUACAUCGCUGGGUCAACUGAUCCCUAUAGUGGAUACAUGGCGGUGAAUUCCGCUGGUCGAAAGGGCUUUGUCUAUGAAUACCGUCGGUCCGCCACAUUUUGCAAUAGGGCUGACAGAGGUGCCAUCACAUCUAUGAUCGGCUCUGUAGCUGCUGCCAUGCACUACAGUGGUUAUCAGUGCUACCAGGCUCUUGUAGACAGUGUACUUAUUUAUUAG